UGUUUCCUGGUCAGCCCAUGGGGUGAAUGCUGCCACCUGAGAGUUUUUGUUGAAAUCUAUAAGCUAUUGUCCUGAAUAUUCUCCAGCCAUGAGUUCAUCAAAGCCGUACAUUGGCUGUAAAAUAGGGUUGAUUUCAACAGCCCAAAAUCGUUAUGAGGGAAUUUUGUAUACGAUUGAUAAAGUGAACUCCACAGUGGUGCUGGCAAAAGUCAAGUGUUUUGGAACGGAGGGACGACCCACUGACAGACCAACGCCACCCAAAGAUGAUGUCUACGAGUACAUCACUUUCCGGGGAAGUGAUAUUAAGGACAUCACACUGUGUGAACCUCCAAGAUCUCACCACGGCCUACCACCGGAUCCUGCAAUAGUACAGUCAGCCAGUGUAGGCUCUCCGGGUGUCUACUCGGGUCUUGGACCAUUUAGCCCCCUAAAGAUGCCCGCCUACAACCAGCUCGCUGCCAGCUCUCUACUUAAUCAACAGUAUGCUGCAGCUCUUGGCCUUGGGCCUGUACUUCCAGGCUUACAUGUGAGAAGGGGCCCCAUGGUGGAAAAGGCUGUUCAAACCCUCCAUGUGGAUAUAUCCAGGCAGAGGGGAGGCUUGACUGCAUCCCAGGAGCGGGAGCAGCAGCAGCAGUGGGAGAGAAGGAGGCCCCAGAGGCCCAGAGGAGAGAGUUUCCAGACCAGAAGGGGCACUGGAGCCACCAUGAGGUCAGGCCCAGGUGUGCCCAAUGCUCAGCAGGAAACUCGGCAGCAGAAUUAUGAAAACAGGCAACCACCCAGAAGAAGACAAGGGCCUCGGAGGAGCAGGAACCGUAGCAGAGGCCAGCUGAUGGUGGCUAAUGUUCCAUCUGCCAUCCUUAAGUUUGACACAGACUUUGAUUUUGACUCCUCAAAUGCCAAGUUUAUUAAGGAGGAGCUGGAGAGGGAGGUGCAGGACAGGACGAAAGAUGGAAAUCACGAGGUAGAAGAGAAAGAAAAGGAGGAAUUGCACUCUACUGCAGAGGAUGAUCAUUCUGGCCCUAAAUUCUACUACGACAAAGCAAAGUCCUUCUAUGACAACAUCACAUCUGAUCAUAAGUUCAGACUAACAUGGGCGGAGGAGCGGAAGCGCAAUCUGGAGACUUUUGGGGUUCCUGGACGGUUCCUGAGGGGCCAAGGCUUCAGAGGUGGCUAUACUGGACGGAGAGGACGGGGCGCUGCUCAGACUCCAACUGCAUAUAGAACCAGGAGUGGACAGCUGUAAAGGUCAGAGCUAGAGCAACCCCGUCCUCCAAUAAUGGCUUCCUUUAUGUGUAACAAAUGGGACUGUUGCCAAAUAUGAUGAUCCGUAAAGGCAGCUCUGUUGUCGCUGAUGAAGAAGCAUCUUUUUUUGUUCUUUUGUUUUUCUCCCUGAGGCAGUUAUCCUGCCCCCCCGUAUUGCCAGGAUUUUAUUUUUAUUUAUGCCUUUUUGUCAUUUGGUCCCAUUUUGAAUAUGGAUGCAUGGCUCACUAAAUGGUCCACUGUGUGUGACAAUAGUUGUUUUCCCCUCAGAAUAUUUCCUUUCAAUUAAAUGGGGAGUGUUUGAGUUUCUGUUUUGUGUUACUUGGAAGAAUUUCACUCCCAAACGUGUAUUGUUUUCAUUCUUUAAAGAAAGUAUCUGGCUUUGCCUCUUGGGAGAACAUUUAUUUCAUGUUGUAAACUGUGAAUAUUGACAUAAAAUGAACUAAACUUAAAUGUAUUUAAAGGCCAAAUCUUGUGCAUUGCUUUGUUCUGUCAUAUUGAAGCAAUAAACUGAAAAUUGCUGGUGCA